AAAAAAUAAAAACACCAUAGAGAGUAACAUUUUCUUUUCUUAUUUUCUGUAUUUCUUUCUUCUUCAUUCUCAUCUUCCCCGUUGCUAUUGUUGGCCUUCACUGCUCCCCAUUUUCUUUCUUCUUCCCACGGCUCGAGGGUAAUUUCCACUAUAUCUUCGCCCGUCAGCAAAUGCUCAGAACGAAGUGCCGACUGAUCAAGAACGGAGAGUUCAUAGCCCAUCCAAUCAAUGUAUUUUCCAUUGCUGUCGAUUUGGAAGUUCUAAUUUCUAUCGCCGUCGUAGAUAACAAAGACUGCGAAACCAGUGACUUUUGUUGUUACGCGAGAAGAAAUCUCAGCGUAAGAGUCCCUGAUGAAGGUCCGACCACUUUGUUUUCGACCCAUAAUCACCUAUGUAGUCCCAAAACCUCCAUGGUUCCAGUCAUUUCAUUCGCCCACUGACCCAAUCGCCACUUCCAAUGAGGUCUCUACCAUAAUCGAAACUGUUGAUUCUUUCGAAGAUGGAUUGGAAGUCAUAUCGCCCCAUAUAUCGUCUGAUAUAAUUACCUCCGUCAUUCAAGAACAGCCGAAUCCCCGACUUGGAUUUCGACUUUUUAUCUGGUCGUUAAGGAGAAAGCGUCUCUGCUGUAGCGCCUCGCAGAAUUUGAUCAUCGACAGGUUAGUAAAGGACAAUGCCUUCGAAUUAUAUUGGAAAACUCUUCAAGAGCUUAAGGAUUCAGCAAUUGAGAUUUCAUCGGAUGCUUUCUCUGUGUUGAUUGAGGCAUACUUAAAAGCGGGGAUGGAGGAGAAGGCCGUUGAAUCAUUUGGUCUGAUGCGGGAUUUUGACUGUAAGCCCAACGUUUUUGCUUUCAAUUUGAUUUUGCAUCUUCUAGUGCGAAAAGAAGCAUUUCUGUUAGCUUUAGCAGUAUAUAAUCAGAUGCUGAAGUGUAAUUUGAAUCCAAAUGUGGUUACCUACGGCAUAUUGAUUCAUGGAUUCUGUAAAACGAGUAAAACUCAAACUCAAGAUGCCCUUGCACUUUUUGAUGAAAUGACUGAUAGAGGAAUAUUGCCCAAUGAGAUAACUUAUUCGAUUGUUCUUUCUGGAUUGUGUCGAGCCAAGAAAAUUCAUGAUGCUCAAAGAUUGUUCAGUAAGAUGAGAGCUAGUGGGUUUAGUCCAGACGUAGUAACCUAUAAUGUUUUACUUAAUGGGUUUUGUAAGUUAGGUUAUUUGAAUGAAGCUUUUGCAUUGUUGCAAUCAUUUGAAAAGGAUGGCCAUAUUCUUGGAGUUAAUGGGUAUAGUUGUUUAAUUAAUGGCUUGUUUAGGGCUAGGAGAUAUGAUGAAGCACAUAUGUGGUACCAAAAAUUGUUGAGGGAAAACAUCAAGCCUGAUGUUAUCUUGUAUACUAUUAUGAUCCAAGGUUUAUCACAAGAAGGCCGGGUUACCGAUGCAUUGGCACUGUUGGGUGAGAUGACAGAAAGAGGGUUUAGUCCAGAUACUGCAUGUUACAAUGUUUUAAUUAAAGGGUUUUGUGAUCUGGGUUAUUUGGAUAAGGCUCAAUCUCUUAGACUCGAGAUUUCAAAUCACAAUUGUUUUCCUGAUAAUCACACAUACUCCAUUCUCAUUUGUGGCAUGUGCAAGAAUGGGCUAGUAAGUGAGGCACAACGUGUAUUCAAUGAAAUGGAGAAGCUUGGAUGCAUUCCUUCUGUUGUGACCUUCAAUUCUCUCAUUGAUGGACUUUGCAAAGCCGGUAGGCUUGAGGAAGCUCACCUAUUAUUUUGCAAAAUGGAGAUAGGAAGAAAACCUUCUUUGUUUCUUCGGCUUUCUCAGGGCACCAAUAAGGUUCUUGAUACUGCCAGCCUCCAAGUUAUGAUGGAGCAAUUAUGUGAAUCAGGAUUGGUUCUUAAGGCCUACAAGCUUCUUAUGCAGCUAGUUGAAAGUGGAGUUUUGCCAGAUAUUAGGACUUAUAACAUCCUAAUCAAUGGUUUUUGCAAGAAUAACAACAUUAAUGGUGCUUUCAAGCUCGUCAAGGAGAUGGAACUCAAAGGACGCUUGCCAGAUUCAGUUACAUACGGGACUUUAAUAGAUGGGCUCUAUAGAGUUGGUAGGGAUGAGGAUGCACUAGGGAUUUUUGAACAAAUGGUAAAGAAAGGGUGCAAGCCUGAUUCUUCUAUUUACAAAUCCAUCAUGACUUGGUUGUGUCGAAAAAAGAAUAUUUCACUAGCUUUUAAUGUUUGGAUGAAGUAUCUGAGGAAUUUUCGUGGCUGGGAAGACGAAAAGGUCAAAAUAGUAGUGGAAAGUUUUGAUAAAGGAGAGCUUAAGACAACAAUCUGGAGACUACUCAAAAUGGACAUGGAAUCAAAAGAUUUCGACUUAGCUCCAUACACCAUUUUUCUCAUUGGAUUGUGUCAAGCCAAGAGGGUUUCCGAAGCCUUUGCUAUAUUUUCUGUUCUCAAGGACUUCAAAAUGAAUAUAAGUUCAGCAAGCUGUGUGAUGUUGAUUGGCAGGUUGUGUGUGGUAGAAAAACUCGACCUGGCCGUGGAUGUUUUUCUCUAUACGCUAGAAGAAGGUCUUAUGUUGAUGCCUCGAAUUUGUAAUAGACUGUUGAGCCAUCUUCUUCAUGUGGAGGACAAAAAAGACCAUGCUCUUGUUCUUUUAAAUAAAAUGGAGGCUUUUGGAUAUGAUAUGAAUACUCAUCUCCACUACAGUACUAAGUUACUUCUUCGUGAUCAUUGGGAAUCAUUGCAAGCUAAAGCUUUCAUGCCCAAAUACAUGCAGCUGUUGUCAACUCACAACCAAGAAUCGCCAAAAUGAGUAUAGUUCAACUAACAUAAAACUUGUACUAUCAAUCUCGAGGUUAGUGAUUCGAUUUUCCCACCCCACAACUAACAGCAAACAAACAAUCCCAAAUGCCACAUUUCCCAUUGUAGAAAAUAAGUAGAGAACUUGCUACUUAGUUUUCGGAGUUGGUCCUCCUUAAUUUAGGGAAAUAGUUCUUUCUCGAUUAAGAGCUUUAUUGUUUGUCGAACCAAAGUAGGGUAGGUACCAGUACCAAUAGUGUUGAUAAUCUUUCAUUCUUCAAUUUUGUACAACUAUCUGAUAAUUACUUGGAUAGGGAAAUAUGAGAUUUGUUUUUUUGGGAAACAUGGCAAUAAAUAUGUAUGUGUUAGAGAUCUGGCAUUUAGGAAGCUAUUUGUUGUUUGAUAGUUGUGGCAUAUGGGUGUGUUAAAAUUGAUCAAAAUACAAGUGUUUGUGUCCUUUAGGUGCUGAUCUUCUAGGGUUGGAGAUUUAUGAUUGUGCGGUUUAUGUGGCUAUUUUGAAAUAGUUAAAAAUUUCAUCUCAUGUUUAGAAUUACUCUGAAUUAUACAUUUGAUUAUUCGAAAUCAAUUUAAUGUUUCGUUUUACACCUUAACAUGAUUUUUGUGGAGGGAGCUAUCAUUUCAGAAAAGGAUUGACCUACAGGUCUAUUAUAGAGGGGAGCUAUCAUUUUGAAAAAAUAGUACCUGUAAUAAACAAUCAUUCUUGUAGCACAUUUGCAUUGUAUUGAAAGAAACUAGCCUUGGCUGGAGUUAAGCCGUGAAUAUUAGCUUGUAAUUUUGUAGAAUGCUACAAUUAUAUCAUCUUAUUGUAGCAUUAAAUUUCUAAUAGCAUUUUGGGAAGAGAAUUUAUAAGCAUCUAUAUGGCAUUCACCCAUGAUAUAAUGCUUAGAGAUAUAUAUUUAUACAUAUACAUAUACACACACACAUAUAUAUAUUAUAUAUGUAGAGUAUAUAUGACCUGCUUUGAUGGGGGAUGUGGGAAGGAGUGGAGGAAACAUUUGGUUCCUUGUUCCCACCUCGCUUACCUUUAUUAUUUUCAUUUUCAUUUUUAUUGUUAUAAAUAUUAUACAAUUUCAAGCUUUAUUGUUGAAUGACCAAGAUAAUGGAUAUGUUUGAAUCAUAUAGUUGAACAUCUUUUUAAGAUUUAGAUUGUAUAUAUAAAUAAUUCGAUAGGUAGUCUAUCUUUUUAUUAUUUUUUAUAUAUUUUUUUUUAAGAAACAAACUUCUCAUAGGCAGUUAGUUCCUGCUACUUGGAGAUUUAAGCAAUUUCUCUUUGAAUUAAAAUUUUCCAUGUAGAAUUAAGGUUGUUUGCAUAUAUAGCAAAAUGCGCCAAAUUAAUUACAAACAUAGUAAAGCCCAAAACAAUUUACAAAUAUAGCAAAAAUUUGCUCCAACUCAUGCAAAAAGUUCAAAAUGCCCAUGCUCCAAAUAAACUCACGUCGGCUUGCUUUUCCCAUCCAUGAUCCAUGUCUAUCAUUGAUAGACACUAAUAAUCCACUAUCAAUGAUAGAAGUAAAGGUAUAUUACUUUUGAUCAUUGACGAAGGCUAUCACUAACUAUCAGUGAUAGAAGUCGCUACAAGAAAAUAGUCUUUUUAUAACAUUUGAAUAGUAUAGCUUUCUGCAUUUUAGGCUAUAGAAGUGAAAGAAAAAAGGUAAAUUUUCGACAUAAGUUGAUGCAGGAGUUAUAACACUUUUCCUUUGUUUACUUUUAAUAUUAGUUGAUGUUUGAUGUAGUUUUUAUGCUUGUAAACCGGCUACUUAAAAAGGUUGUAUUCCCUUUGUUAAACUGGUUUCUUAAAUAGUUGACCGGCUGCCUAGGUAACCAGUCUUGUCUAGCAUGUAUAAAUAGGCUUAUAGCCUCCCAUUUUAUUCAUCUAUACAAGAUUACUCUCUUGAAUUCUUGGAGCAUUACAUCAAGUGGUAUCAAAGCGUCGAUCCAACGCGCAUUCUUCUUGGAUUACAUUCAUUAUGGACGCGGAAGUAUCCUCAUCAACAAAGGCUGUGGAAACUCGGUGAUGUUCGGUAGAAAAGUCAGUCGACGAAUUGAAGGGGGAAUGGGAGAAAUCCGUUCCAUGUUAGGCCAAGUAUUGUCACACAUGAACAUUCAACCCAUGGAGGACUGUCAAGAUCACAUUGACCAGUGGAUCAAGGGUGGAAUUCGCAUGCAAGAACCACAAGAUUCAGGCGUAAAUAAGGAGAAAGCUGAGGAUCGAAUCCCAUUUGAAAGGCAAGAACCAACAAGAAACCCGGGAAAGGCCAAGAUUGCAGAGUUACCUUUCCAAGAACAGAGGCCAAACAAGUUUCCAGCUUAAAGAAACCUACACCAAUCAAGAUUUCGCCCCAAGAAAACUGUGGUAUGGGGUAUAUGAUGCAAAAUUCUGAUUCAUCUAGUGAAGGAGAGAACUACUACUAUGGAAUCCAAAAAAGAUUGGGGAUGCAGUGAGGAAGACACCAAACUCAUCAAGAAAACACCGAGUACAAGAUGAAAAUUGAUCUUCCUAGUUUCGAUGGCCGAAUGGAUGUCGAGGGAUUCUUGGAUUGGGUCACUAAGGUCGAAAAUUUCUUCGAAUGUGCAAGCAUUCUGGAUGAGAAGAAAUUAAAAUUAGUAGCUUUCAAGUUCCAACGAAGUGCAUCAGCUUGGUGGGAGCAACUUGAAACCACUGAAGAUACCGUGGAAAGCCUCCAAUCAAAUCUUGGCCGAAACUACUCAAGAUGAUGAAGAAAAGAUUUUUUAAACUAAACAGAACAGCAGUUGGUAUCAAGAUUUAUACUUGGUCUUCGAGAAGAAAUCAAGGAGGUUGUAAAGCUACACCAGUUGGCAUACCUAGCAGAUGCUAUUACACUUGCCACUACAAUUGAAGAGAGCUCUGAGACAAAAUAAUUAAAGACUUAUCAAAGAAAGCAACUGUGUGGUUGCCCACAACAGUCCCCUCGUUGAGCUUCAACAGAACAACCAUGGCAAAACACCUCUGGAACAUUGCCAAAUCAACGUACCAAGAAGGAGGAGACUAUUACCAAACAAACCAAUGCAAGAGGACCCGAGAACAACCCAAGAACAAACCAAUAUAUGAGAAAUGAUUACAGAAGUUUGAAAAGAAUAUUAACAAGCAACAAACUUUCAAUCAACUAACUAACCAACCAACCAACUCUUAGCUAGUUACAAUAAGAAGGCCUCACACUACACCAAUUUAUGCCCCAUUUCUUUUUAACAUACAACUACUUUACAUAAAUGCUUGUUAUUAUACCGUAUCUGACCUUUAGAAACUUAUGACAAUGAGCAUCAUGUAUGGACUUCAAAACAAACACAAAAGCCUUUGUAAGGACACUGAUGUAGAUCUAGUGUGAAGGCUACUGCUUUCAAUACGUCGGUUUGUUCUCUAACAUAUGGUGCUAGAUCUAUGAAUCUGUCAAGUUGAUGUUAAUUUUGUAAUUUCCCUGCUGCACACUAUACAAUCAAAAGUAUAUUCAUUUUAGCUUAAUGAAUCUGUGACUGUUAAUUUAAAAGAAUAUUGUCCUCUCUCUCUAGCUAGCUUUACUGUUUUCUGGUUGGUGUGAAAUUGUUGUAAUUGUUUCUACACUGAUUUAUUGCAUUCUUUGCGAUUUUGCAGGAAUAAUUUCUAGUCACAAAAUUGAGAACAUGAAAUAGUUCCACCUCCCACCUUCUCCGUUGGAACAUUCUCAAAUUCCCUUUAGACAAGGGUGGUCUUAGGCAUUGGAGACAUCAGAAACCGAAACAAUUCACUAUUGGCAAAGUGGAUUUGGCAUUUCAAACACGAAGGAGAGGCUCCAUCAAGGCAAAGUAUGGGUCAAGUCAUUACGUUCAACUCCCUUCCUUUUCACGGCAUACAUCUUCAAAAAGUCCAUGGUGCCACAUUUUGAAGGUAAAGGACCUUGUCUGUAGCAAUGUAUUAAUCAAAGUAGGGAAUGGACAUUCCACCUCCUUUUGGAAUGAUCAAUGGAUUGGAACAUCUCCCCUCAAAUUAGUUUCCCAAAACUUUUCGUGAUCUCGCUGAAACUAAGAAUGGAUCCAUUGCUGAGGGUUGGGACUCUACAAACGAGUCUUGGACCCUUAAUUUGAGAAGACAUUUGAAAGAUGAUGAAAUUUGUGUAUGGGCUGUUUUUAGCCAGAAUGUUCCCAGCAUCUUUUUAUCUAAUCAACAGAAUAGUUGGAUAUGGCGUUUUCUCUACAAAAUCGUUGAUAUACCUCUUAACCACGACUUCGUCAUCCUCUGACCAAUCUGGUUUAUUCAAAAAGAUACGGAAGCUUCCAUGUCCUAAAAGAGUCAAGUUCCUAUUAUGGGAAGUGGGUCACUCAUGCCUCAAUACUAUGGAAAGACUACCCUUGCUAUGCCGCUAAAGAAGUUUGGUCUAGCCUCAUUUGUGCGGUGAUAUCAAAGGUUUGGGAGGAGAGGAAUGCUACAAUCUUCAAAGACAUAUCCAAGUCCGCAAAUGUUUGCUUGGGGCAACGAGAUUGAAGAUCUUCUUUUUUCAACAAGUUGAUUUGCAGUGAAUUCUAUUUGUUGUUGCAGAUGCAAUCGGUAGUAUUGCAUAGGUGCAUGGCUUUGUGACAAAGUCUUCAUUAGUUGAUGAAGGACUAUUCAAACAUGUAAUGUCUUGGCCAUAAACACAACUAAGCUAGAGGUAUUUGGAUUUUGAUUAUAUAUUUUUUUUUGGAUUACAUGUAAUAUUUAUUUGAAUUCUAAUGUGUAGUAGAUAUGAAAUGCAAUAAUAGCAUGAUUAACAUAUCGGAGAAGCUAUAGAAGAUGUAAUAAUAGCAUUUGUUCAAGCUAUAAAAAGUUUAUAAAUGCUAUUAAUAGAAAAAGUUGACAAUUUAAAGGCA